UCUGGAGGUCCUCGAUGGUGAAUUGGGAGGGGUGGGCGGUCUGGAGGUCCUCGAUGGUGAAUUGGGAGGGGUCGAGAGAGGCAGUGUCGAAGUCGUCAUCGGAGGUGGGUUGAGUGGUGUUGUUAUGGAAAAAGAGGGGGCGGGAGGGAGCGGGCGCGGACUGGUGAUGGGGGUGGAGUCGUCGAUCAUGGUGAAGCAUGCGAGAGAGGAGGUCAGCAAGGGGCAUGUCGGGUUCGUGGGUGAGGGCAGUGGCAAGGUCUUUGUGGCAUACUCGUUUGAUGCGGGAGAUGAACGCGCAGUCGGGAAUGACGGUGUGGGGGAGGUGGUGUCGGAGGGAGCGGACGUAUUGGACGAAGCGGUCCGUAGGACCGGUCUGGCGGAGGUGGCAGAAUUGUUCAAGGUAGUCGUCAAUGGUUUUUUGGGGGUGAAAGGUGGCAGUGAGGAGGGUGGCCCAUUGGAGGAAGGUGGGGCGUGGUCCUCCGGAGGCUCGGCGGUUGCUAGCUUCAGCCAUCCACUAUUUGGCUGCAUUGCCGAGGAGGCGRGAGGUGGCAAUGGGGAGCCAGUGGGCAAGGGGCAUGUGGUGGAGCUGAAAAGAGUUCUGAAGCUGGUACCAGCUCCGUGGAUGGACGCCGGAGUAGAGGUUGUCAACCUUCACGAGUGCAUCGCGAAGAUUGACCGCGAGUUCAAGACGCAACGGUACGACGACAUCGACGCACCAUUGCUAUACAUACGCAUUCAGAUCGGUGAGGCGACCUGCAGUGCCUUGAUCGAUUGCGGAGCAUCUCGUAACUACAUCAGCCAGGACUUCACGGUGCGCGCCGGCCUUGGCCCACGUGUCCGGAGGAAGUCCCAGCCUACGCAAGUCACGUUGGCAGACGGUCAUACGCACAAGUCAAUCGACCGGUGCAUUGACAUCGUCCCCGUGUACUUUGACCCUCACGCAAGUGAGGCGGUGUCCUUUGACAUUCUGGACAUCAAAUUUGACAUGAUCUUGGGCAUGUCAUGGCUGCGAAGCGAGGAUCACCUGGUGAACUUCUUCAACUGCACCGUUCACAUUCGCCCGCACGGAGUAGUACCGGAUCGGCCCAUCCGCCACGAGAUCAUCCUCGAGGACGGGGCCGUACCUCCGCGCGGCUGCAUCUACCGAAUGAGCGAGGAAGAGUUAAGUGUGCUCCGUGCACAACUCGACGAUCUUCUAGAGAAAGGUUGGAUUCGGCCUAGCUCAUCGCCAUACGGUGCUCCUGUCCUCUUCGUCCGGAAGAAGAACAAGGACAUGCGGUUGUGCAUCGAUUAUCGCAAGCUCAACGCGCAGACGAUCARGAACGCCRGCCCUCUCCCACGCAUCGACGACMUUCUCGAGCGAUUGGGCGGCGCCCAGUUCUUCUCUAAGUUGGAUCUCAAGUCAGGGUACCACCAACUCGAGAUUCGCAAGGAGGAUCGCUACAAGACCGCGUUCAAGACUCGGUAUGGGCAUUUCGAAUGGCUGGUCAUGCCGUUUGGCCUUACGAAUGCCCCAGCCACUUUCCAAGCGGCUAUGACAACGGAGUUCCGACACAUGUUGGAUCGGUUUGUACUCAUCUACCUCGACGACAUCUUGGUGUAUAGUCGGAGUUUGGACGAGCAUGUGGAACACCUGCGCACCGUUUUGGAGCGGCUACGACAAGCCAAGUACAAAGUCACAUUCAAAGCAUGCGAUCACGACGACACUCGGUGGAUUUCAGGAGCAGAUUUGAAAGCAUCCGCACCGCUGAUCUACGCUCACUAUGAACGUCRAAGGUUAGCCAAGGGACCUCCACGACCUGCCCCUCCCACCCGGACUGUGGUCCCUCCCUCAGACAGACAGCUUCGCCCUCGCAGGUAAGCUCGGUCUUUCAAGGAGGGGGGGGUGUGGCAGACUGCGUAGCCACACGGGCCCUGUAUGACCCGUCCCGGACAUUCAGCCUUAAAGCC